UACGCUCUUUGACACUGCAAUCUUUACCAUUGUUGACUGGUUUCUACACAAAUGACAAAAUGAUUCCAAUCUCUCAAAUGGAGGAAAAUCGAUUGUUAAAUAUAGAGCCUAAAGAAAAAAGCACUAAAAGAGAGCAGGCUGUCGCUGCUUGUCUGGAUCUUCUACUCUUUAAUGCAAAGGUUUCACUUCCCAAGCUAGAAAGCUUGGAGUUGUCUUCAAUCAACAUCAAGAAGGUAUGGGGUGACCAACCUUUGCCAAGCCCCUGCUUUCAAAAUCUGAUGAAAUUGAAUGUGGAAGACUGUGGUAGUUUGAAGUAUUUAUUUUCAACCUCAAUAGCUGGAAGUUUGUUGAAAUUGCAAAGCCUUUCUGUAAGAAGAUGUGAUAUGAUGAAGAGUAUGUUCCUUUCAGAUGACAUUAGCAUGAAUGAAGCAAGGAUGGAAGCUGAUGUCUUCUCUCAAUUGAAGAAAAUUGAAAUCACCAAUAUGGAGGAAUUGGCAACCAUAUGGCCUGCCAAAUCUUGCAUUCAUUCUUUUUGCAGUUUAGAAAGUGUGAUUAUUAAAAGCUGCGACAAACUUGUCUCUAUUUUUCCUCCUUCCAUGAUAGGAAGAGUUCAUAACCUUGUCAGGUUAGAUGUUCAAAAUUGCAAGUUAGUGAAAGAGAUAUUUGACCUUCAGCUUACACCACAAAUAAGUGGUGGGAACGAAACAAGCUUACGUGAUUUCAUUUGCAAGCACUUCCAGAAUUGAAGCAUGUGUGGAGUAGAGAUCCUCAAGGAAUUCUUAACUUCAAAAAUCUGCAGAAGUUUUCUGUCUUCUUUUGCCCAAUCUUGGAAAAUCUCUUUCCAUUUUCUGUUGCCAUUGAUCUUUUGAAUUUGGAGCACAUUACCAUACUUUCUUGUAGGGGCAUGAAGGAAAUUGUAACCAAGGAUGAAGAUGCAUCAAACAGAUGCAACUUUGUAUUCAAGUUUCCUAAGCUAACCACACUUUCAUUACAACUUCUACCAGAACUAAGGGGUUUCUAUCAAGAAACACAUGCUGUAGAGCUCCAAGCAUUGACUUCUUUGUAUCUGCGUGGUUGCUACAAGCUGGAAGUAUUAACACCUUAUUCAGAAGUGAAACCGAUUCUCUCAGCUUUUGUAAAGGUGCUAUCCAACUUGAAAGUCUUGGCAGUGGGCCCAAAGGAAAUGAAGUGGUUGCAGGACUCCAUUGGCAAUAAUGUUUAUCAAAUGCGCAAUAUAAAGCAACUUAUUCUUGAUGGAUUGAGCAGUAUCGACAUUCUCUUUUGGUUUCUUUACAGGACUCCUAAUCUAGAAAUCCUAUAUUUGUGGAACUCUGCUAUCAAAGAGAUGAUGGAAAAUGAAAAAAAUGUCUCCGUUCAGAAAAUUGGAACUGUUGUACAACUUAAGCAAUUGAGAUUAUCAAUUUCAUAUCUUCCACAGAAUAUGGGCCUUGAAAAUAACCCUAUUCUUCCAAGGGUUGAGCGGCUAUACAUAGAGAAAUGUCAUCACUUGAUUAACUUAUUGCCUUCCUCCAUAUCAUUCACUCAUUUGUCACAUAUUGACGUUAGAUAUUGUUUUAAAUUAAAAAACUUAAUGUCAUCUUCAACUGCAAAAUCCUUGGUUCAGCUAACCAUUGUCGAGGUUGCUCAAUGUGCUAUGAUGGAGGAAAUUGUCACAGUGGGGGAUAAUGAAGAAGACAAAGAAGAUGAGAUUGUUUUUGGCAAAUUGAAAAUUUUAAAACUUGUAGAUUUAAGAAAUCUUACAAGUUUCUGCAAUAAUUCCAAGAACAAACUUGUCUUCAGGUUGCCAGCUCUUGAAAGGCUGAUAGUAACUGGCUGCUGGAAGUUGGAUAAAUUUUACGAGAAAAUUAUAAUCACACCAAAGUUGGAGAAAGUUAAUAUUGUAGAAGGAGAAGGGAGAGAGAUCUGGUACUGGGAAGGUGAUUUGAAUGCCACAAUUCAAAAGAUUUUUAUUGAUAAGGUUCAUUUUGAACACGCUAAACAAUUUGAACUUUCUUGUCAUUCUGAAUUACAAGAACUAUGGCAAGGCAAAGUUUCUCCACCAGAUAGCUACUUCAACAAUCUAAAAUCGUUGACAGCAAAUAACUGUUUCUUUCUAUCAGAAGUAUUUCCUUCUAGGUUACUUUCUUACUUCAAGAACUUGGAGGAGUUGCAAGUACAUUUUAGUCCAGUGAAGGUUAUUUUUGAUAUAGAUGACAAGAAGUUGACAGAAAUUAAUAGACAGUCCUUUAAGUUGAAAAGAGUGAAUUUACAUGGCCUGCCAAAUUUGAAGUGUGUAUGGAGCAAAGAUCCUCGGAGAUUUAUUAGUUUUCUAAAUCUACAAGAAAUCAUUGUUACUUCUUGUGUGGAUAUAAAAACUCUUUUUCCAGCAUCUCUGGCAGGAAGUCUUUUAAAACUCAAGACACUUGAAGUCAGCCGAUGUAAUGCAAUGGAAGAAAUUUUUGGAAGGGAAGAAGCAGAAGCAGAAGCAAAAGCAGAUGAAGCUAGAAGAAAAUUUGAAUUCCAUAAUUUAGCCUCAUUGAUUUUGUAUAAUUUGCCACGCCUUGAGUGCUUCUAUCCUGGAAGAUACACUCUGGACUGUCCCAACAUCAAUAGGCUGCAUGUGCAUGAUUGUAAUAAGUUGGAUACAUUUGCAUCAGAUUUUCAAAGUCACCAGGGAGCAGUUGGAUAUGAGGAUGAAGCUAGCAUUUCAAUUAGAAGACAACCUCUUUUCUCAUUCAGAAAGGUUAUUCCGAAUUUGGAAAAUUUGACACUCACUGUGAGAGACAUGACGAUGUUUUCUCUUGAAAAUUUUCCUGAUAACCUAUUUUUCAAAUUAAAAUAUCUGGAGCUGUACUUCGGUGAUUCUUUUGAAGGAGGAGCUACUUUGCCUUUUGGAUUGUUACAGAAGGUACCUCAUAUGAAGAGUCUCUCCAUAAGAAAUUUCAAUGCACUGAAUGAGUUGUUCCCCACUCAAAGACCUGAAGAUAUUGAUUAUAUCAUUAGUGCACUUGCACAAGUAAGAGCAUUAUACCUACAUUCAUUGGUUUUACUCUCUUCCAUUGGGUUAGAUAACCCCUCGUUGGAUCCAGUUGGUAAGAAUUUGGAAGCCUUGGAAGUAAAUGACUGUCCUCAUUUGACUGUUCUAAUGCAUUCUUCUGCAGUACCAUGUUAUAAUUUGAAGGAAUUGACAAUCAGACGAUGUCAUGGGCUAGGCUCUCUGUUCACAUCCUUAGUAGCAGAAAGUUUGGUGCACCUUGAGAAGCUUAUUGUACAUGAGUGUAUGUCAAUAGAACAGAUAGUGACCCAUGAGACUGAUGAAUCAAUUUCAGAUGAGAUAAUAUUUGAAAAGCUUGUAUACUUAGGUCUCUUUAAUUUACCAAGACUGGCGAGUUUCUAUUCAGGAAAUAUCACUUUACAAAUCUCAUUUUUGAGAAUAGCAAGCAUACAACAAUGCCCAAGGAUGAAAUGUUUCUCUCAAGGAGACGUUAGGGCUCCCAACUUUGAAGGAAUACAAGUUUCACCAGACAAAUAUGAUCUACACAGCUACAUGGAUCUCAACACCACUGUGCACGAGUUGUUCCAUGAGAAGCAUUUUAUAAGUUGCAUGCAACAUUUGAAGCUUGGAGAAUACCCUGAGUUAAAAGAGAUAUGGGAUGGAGCAAUGCAAGUCCCUUAUGGAGGUUCAGAAUGUUGAAGACUUUGAUAGUUGAUGGGUGCCAAUUUUUAUCACUUGUUAUACCUCUUCAUUUGCUUCGCUUCCUGAGUAACUUGGAAGGAUUACAGGUGCAAAACUGUAAUUAUGUAAAGACAAUAUUUGAUGUUAGAUCCACAUCCUUGCC